AUGGAUAAACAAUCAACAAGUAGUGUUGACAAUACUACUACUACUACUGCCACUACGGUUACUACUACUACUGCUAUUACUGCCACUAAUUUGAUGUAUACUGUUAGUAAUGUAAGACCAAAGAUUCGUCAGUGGUCAUUGGAUGAUUUUGAAAUUGGUCGAGCAUUGGGUAAGGGUAGAUUUGGGAAUGUGUAUUUGGCUCGAGAAAUUGAAUCAAGGUUUGUGGUUGCUCUUAAAGUUGUAUACAAAUCACAAUUGGAGCAAAAUAAUUUGAGACGACAAUUACGACGCGAAAUUGAAAUUCAGUAUCACUUAAGACAUCCCAAUAUUCUUCGGUUAUAUGGUUAUUUUCACGACGAUGAUCGCGUUUAUUUGGUGUUAGAAUUUGCGCCUAAAGGAAAUCUGUUCCAACAUCUUCAAGUGAUGAAAACAUUUCCACCUGAAUUAGCUGCUAAAUAUAUGUAUCAGUUGGCAUCAGCUAUGGAAUAUUGUCAACAAAAGAAAGUUUUACAUCGAGAUUUGAAACCUGAAAAUGUUUUAAUAAGUGCAAAAAAUAAUUUGAAAAUAUCAGAUUUUGGAUGGUCAGUACAUGAACCAUCAUCAAGACGAAACACUGUAUGCGGUACGUUGGAUUAUUUGGCACCUGAAAUGGCACCUGAAAAGACGCAUGAUUCUAAAGUUGAUAAUUGGUCAUUAGGUGUUAUGCUAUAUGAAUUUUUAGUUGGUAAACCUGCAUUUGAAGCCGUGACAGCGGAACUUACCUUAAUCAAUAUUCACAAUUGUAGAUAUACAAUACCGGAUAGUGUACCAAAUGGUGCAAAAGAUCUCAUAUCACGCCUUCUUCAAAAGGAUCCUAUGAAACGUUUGCCAUUAACGGACGUCUUGAAGCAUCCUUGGAUUCAAGAAAUGAUUGCAAAAGAUAACAAUGAAAAAUGUGAAUAUUAA